UCUCCACAGGAAUGUAUCAGCAAACAGACGCAAUGACUUCACCAACAGAGAAAAUCGUGCUGAAAAGCACCUCAACAGUUUCCCUCAACGAUCGCUUCACGACCAUGCUGAACAACAAGCAGCUGGAGCCAGUGGCUGUACGAGUCAACAUGCAGCAAGUGGCCAGUGUCCGCAACAGGAGACUGGCUCUGCAGAUGGAGAACAGGACCUCUGUGCAGGCUGCCUUGCAGCCCAAGGUGAGGGAACUAACCAUCCACUUUUCAACCUGUCUAGGUGUGAAUCAGAUGCGUGCCCGGGGAGGGGUGACUAAGCUUAGGUUUCGUCAGGGCUUGAGGCUGCAAGGUGGCCAGCUGAACAAUGCUGGAGUGCUGGUUAGCUGCGGAGCCAGGAAUGGACUGGGCCUGAGAGGAAGAGGCAGAGGAGCGGGUCUGGGCCUGCGUGGCCGGGGAGGGUUCUGGGGCCUAGGCAUACCUGAAAAAAUCCCCACCAAAGAGGAGCUGGACAACCAACUAGACGACUACAUGUCAAUGACCAAGAGCCACCUAGACGCAGAGCUGGAUUCCUACAUGGCCAUGGCAGGCUCCGACUACAUUGAGUAGAACCCUGCUGGAAGACUGGUGUAGGCAGCAUCGACAAAUGCACUGAGGCUGUCCAGGGGUAAUUCAUUAGUAGAACUGCCCCUCACUGGAAACAGAUGGAUGUGACAACCAGGGUCUCUGGCUUACUCAGAACUAUUGUUAGAAGCACUAUUUGUGGACAAAUAUGUGGUGUUACACACACAAGCCCAGAAGCAUGUGUUAUGUGGCUGAAUUAGAGCUCUCUAGAGUCAUACUUGAACUGUUUCACACACUUGAGCUGUUAUGUUCUUUUCAUAAUUUAUUCAUUUAUAAGCUUAGCUCUGUGCUGAGCAGGGUGGUCUAAAACCUUUCCUAAGAAAAAAAAGGUAUGAAGGUCUGCAGGACUUGUCUAAGAAAAUAAUUAAUUGUUCAGUAAAAUCACAAGCAAGCUAACCAAUUCUCUUUGCUCAGGUACAUUAUGGGUUUGUCCAAGACACUUCACACUAUAGAUUUCAUGUGUUUGCUACAAUGUUAUGUUUCAAAACUGAGUCUUUUUUUGUCAUUAAUUUGUGAAAGACAACGGUAUGUACCUCAGCUAGCCAGGUUUGGCUGCAUUGUGGAUUUAUAUAGAAAUGUUGAAGAUUUAUUUUAGCUGAGAAAUAUUGCCACCAUUUGUAGUAAGAGGACUAGUUAUCCAACCGGUUCCUG